AUGAGAGCGGUGGCGCUGCUGCUGCUGCUGCUCCAGGCGGUGGCCGGGAAGACCUUCCCCAAGAUCCCCCAGCACCUUUGCUGCGCGACCGUGGGGCCAAACCCGGAGGACGUGCGCGCGAUGCUGCCGGAGGCCUUCAACCACUCGGCGGUGCGGACCGUGGAGUGCACUAAGCUCAGCGGCACGGACUUCAUCCACCGCGUGGGCACGGCCUGCAGCUACUGCAUGUGCCUUUGGGAGGAUGGGGGGGACCUGUCGACGCCGCAGUGCUGCUCCCUGACCAACUUCGGCACCCCCGGGUACAACACCGCAACUGGCUACACCACCUGCCAAAAGUACAAGCAGACCUACAACCUGAAGACCGGCGUGGUUCGCUCCUGCGAGCUCCGCUACGACAUGUAUUCCUUCAAGAGUGCGGCGCGUUGGGGGCCCUACUCUCGAUCCCAGUGCCAAUGGCAAUGGUAUUUACCGUCCACAGGGGAUGACGUGGCCCAUGUCAUCACCAGGGAAGAGUUCUACCGGAUGAUGGGCCAGGGCGCGGGGAUGCAAUCGAGGCCAAAUGCCAACAUCGCCAUGAUGGUGGGCGCUGGCGCUAGCCCGAUGCCGCAGGUGAAGGCAGCGCCCCCGAUGCAGAUGAUGCCGCAGAUGAUGCCGCAGCAGAUGGGGGGCAGUAGCGUAGUGAUGCCCUUGACAGCGCAGAAAGCAGUGCCGACCUACACCGCCGCCCCAGUGACUUACGCGGCCCCUUGCGCGGCCCCUUGCGCCGCUGCUUGCGCCGCGCCGGCGACGUACAUGGCGCCGCCGGCUUUUGCCACAGCUCAGACCUAUGAGACGGCUUACGCGGCACCGCUGGUGACGACGCGCUCGCCCAGCCCUUCCCCGUCGAGGAUCCGGGCCUCAUCUCCCAGCAAAGCCUUGUCCAGUAGAGCCGUGAACGGCAACACCGAGCGCCGGGUGGUGGGGGAGCGCCACAUCACACGGGAGGAGCUGAUGGAGACUGGGAACCUGGUUCAGGGCGACCCGGGCAGGAGGGUGACGCGGGAGGAUCCCUUCCUGCCGUCCCGGGGCCUGGCCCAGAUGGCUCCGGCUUCAGGCGCUUCAGGAUAUGAGCAGCAUGCCUCGUAUAUGGCGCCGGUGACGUACGCCUCCGCCAUGAAUCAGCCCUUGGUGAGUUCUGCAGCGAGCGGAGCGGUCAACUAUGCCGUGAGUCCGUCGGCGAAUUGCCGGAACUGUGGGAACACCUACGCCGCGGACUCCAACUUCUGCCGGAAGUGCGGCACGAAGCGCGGGUGA